UCUGGGGUAUUUUUUAUUGGUCACCAUCAUAGUACAUCUGCUAUUGGACAGCAGAGAUUCCAUCUGUGUUGUAAACGAAUAGCUAUAAACAUUCUCCAGUCAGCUGUAAUAAGGAAGGACAGAGGACUUUGGUCCGAGACGCUGGUUUGAAGCAGCAGGUAACGUGUGUCUUGUGAUGAGCUCGGCGCUCUUCUGACUGUGACAAGGAGAGACGACCAGCGGACUAAAGGUGUUGAGGUUUGGUGUCCUGUGUUUUGAGGGGUGCUGUGACAUCAUUAAGGGGUGCUGUGACAUCAUCGUCGGCCAUGGAGGGCAGGAGUGUUCUGAGGCGUGCCCAAUCUCUACGGAGCGUCUCUACGGGUGACGGAGACAAGCCCACCUGGGCGGAGGCGGGGUUUAGGGACAGGAUGAAGUCCAUCUCCGUAUCUCCGAUGUUGACCAGAUACCAAGCCAGCCGUUCAGUAGAGGUCCCUACCCUGAACCAUGUGGAGCAGAAGACUGAGCAGUUAACCCAGCAUCAGACCUCCUUCUCAACCGUCCGUGAAAAAACAAAGAGACAACUGGCAGAGAGAGCACAGGAGGGCAKGCUGGAGUCCCUGAUGAGAAACAAUGGAGUGAGAGAGACGACCAGGAUCCAGCCCAGUGUGUCUGAAGUGAGAGAGACGUUCCGGGGGUCGACCAGCCUGUCAGGGGAGAAGUCCCAGAGGUCGACCAGUCUCUCCCGCAGUAAGUCCAUGUCCAGUCUCCCUGGCCCCUCUCCCAGAGUCGACCCGGCCGGGAGUAUCGGAGCCCUGAAGGCUCUCUUCGAGUCAAAGGUCACCAAGGAGAAGGUGAAGAGCAUCGUGGGAGCUGUAAGCCAAACACCACCACGUCCCAAGAUGGCAGCUGCGGCCCCAGCCGUCAACGGGUUGGUGAAGGAGAGAAAGGGCCUUAUAGAGGAGAAAGCUGUACCUGCACCUGCAUCCCCGGCUAGAGAGGAGGUCACUACACAG